AAUCCCAACAAUUUCGGUAACAUAUAAUCAAAUAUAUAGCUAUUAUUUUUAAGAAAGUAAUGAUUUUUACUAAAAAUAAUAUACCUUUCUCUAACAUGUGCCAGUUUCUAGUCGCCACCACCACUACCGGCUCCGGCACCGUGACCUCCGCCGCACCAACCCCCACCACCGACACCUCUGGCAUGGCCCCUUCUUCUCAUUCUGUCUCCUUCUCUCCUUCUUCGUCCUUCUUGUCUUCAUCGUCCUAUCCCAAACACAAAUUCUCAAACAAUACUCAGAAUUCAAACACCAGCUCUCAUCUUUCUCCCUGCAAGCACUCUCCUUCCGCCACCCUCGAUCUCCUCAUUUUUGUUCUCGUCCUUUUCUCCGGCGCUUUCCUUCUCUCUUCUUAUUUCUCCUACAUCUUCAAUUCGCUAUCCAUACUUCUUGCACAAUCCGCGCCCCAGAUUUAUCAGUUUCCUCGGAUCCCUUAUGUUCUAGGGUUUUUGGCCUUCUUCGUCGUUUCGGCAUUAGUGACGCAACAUUGCUGCGGUGUGUAUAUGAGAAAGUGCGGCAAACCUGGAUGUAGAGGGCUGAAGAAAGCGAUGGAGUUUGAUCUGCAAUUGCAGUCGGAGGAGACUCUCAAGUCUGGGUCUGAUGAGUUCGAUAAACUGCCAUGGAAGGGUGGGAGUGAUGACAACCCCGAUUAUGAGUGCCUCCGGUCAGAGCUCAGGCGGAUGGCACCACCGAACGGCCGGGCUGUUUUGCUGUUCCGAUCACGCUGUGGAUGCCCCAAUGCCAAGCUUGUGGGUUGGGCGCCCAAAAAGGGAAAGCGGCAGAAGAAGUAUAUCGCCGAUUGGCUGGUCCUUCAAUAAGGCUGGCCUAGCAUACUAUACAGCCCAUGGCUUCAUUUAAGGGUCCGUCUUCCCAGUAGCCAUGCCCUCUUAUUUGGUGGGGUUGUGUGUAAAGGCAAGGGUGUCAUGCAAUUUUUUUUUUCUAAAAGCACCAUGUAACUUCAUUUUUGCUGCUUAGCCCAACUAUCAGUGAAUCCUCUCCCAUGUAGGGUUGGGCAUAUUCAUCUUUCCAUAUAGAUGCAUUCUUCUAAAUUGUGCAUGCUAAAUGCAAACAUUUUAUGUUUUGGCAAGCCCAGAAGGAAGCUGAUGUUAUUGAUGUGGUACAUUAUGCGAUAAGUUCAAUAUAACUUACUAGGACUUCAAAGCUACAAUAUCUUAUUUUUCAUAGAUAUUGUAACUUUUACCCUUCUUCAUAGUUUAGGAAUCUAGGUAUUGGUUUGUAAGUCUCGUAGGUAUAAAUCUCAGGACAAUCAAAAGCAAUAUAUUAAUAAAGUAUCAAACUGCCAAUUCUCUCGACUACUGAGAUGUAUACGACUUGGUGGUGAUUUGUGUGACAUACUGAUAGACCUGUAUCUAAUGGGCUUUUAUCCAUUGGGCCACAAGUCAUGUGAAGGGUAUGAGGGGGGGGGGGAGUUGUCAGUUGUAUAUGGUUGGUGAGGGAGCGUUUAGGGGGAGAAGCAUGCAAAUGGUGGAUAUCUCUGAGCAAGAGACUCUAGCCUCUCGAUAACCAGGUUGGGGGGUGGGGGAAGUACUCUUUCUUCAUCAUUUUCUGUUAUGUUUUAGUGUGUUAGUGUGUUGGAGUGUGCUAAGGUAUUUCCUUGUAGCUUGUUCUAUUAGUGUGCAGGAGAUUUAUGCUGUUGAGAAUAUUUCAUAUAUUGAUAUAAUAUUAAUCCUUAGAUUCAUUUUCUGUCAAUUUCAUACUUGGGUGCUUGGGCUCCAUCACAUACAUUGGACAGAUUAUUGAUUUAAAUCUGAACAGCUAUUCUGAUAUGCUGGCAUAUGAAUUUCACAGCAAGCUGACUGUGUUUUUCCCCUUCGAAAGAGACACAGAAAUAAUGAGGCAAUGGCAUCAGAUAGGCGCUACCUUUAAGAACUGUCAAAAUGGUUGAUUUGUUGUGAGCCGUAGUUUGAACCCUUGUUGAGGAAUUACUCUCUCUGUGGAAUAUCCGUAUGAUCAAUCUGUUUCACAUAAACUCUAGUAUUUAAACUUGUGAUCCCACAAACACUAAAUUGGGAGCAUUUAGCAUUUACUUGGAGGAAAACAACGUUUUUUUUUUUUUAAUUUUCUUUUUAACUGGGUGUAGUAUUUGUUAGUCCAUGGUUAUUUGCUAGUCCAAAGUAGUUGUGGUUGUUCUCCAGGAACCUGAAUGACUUUCUUUAGAAUUAAUGUUAGUGAACUUGAAUAUUACUGGGUA